GAGGAGAGGGAGGGAUUGCCCCCAUAACGCUCAACAUGAACGCUCCGCGGCAAAAGGAUGUGUGAGCAAGCAGCGCGCUACUGCAGGGACGGUGUCCACAAACUGCUCCAAAAAGAACAACCGAAACUCCGGGCUCAGGACAGCAAAGAACAACCAAAACCCGAGGCCGAGGAAAGCGAGUCAGCGACGGCUGCACAGUCUGGAAACAGCGGCGCCCAGCCCGGUGGAAUUGACGGGCUCGUCCGCUGGAUAGUCACCAAGAUGAGCGACAACAAAAGCAUCUCUACCCGGGAAUACGCGAAGGAGGAGGCAGCGGUUGCCCAAGAGCAGUUCUUCGCACCAGAGCCACGGAAAGGCAUCUCUGUAAUAUUGGAUAUUUUCCGGAGAGCUGAUAAGGAUGAUGAUGGGAAGCUAUCUCUGGACGAGUUCCAGGCGUUCUUCUCCGACGGGACGCUGAACGAGGAAGAACUGGAGAAUCUGUUUCACACAAUUGACUCUGAUAACACCAGUAAUGUUGACACUAAGGAACUCUGUGACUACUUUGCCAAACACAUGGGUGACUAUGAGGGUGUACUGGCCUCCCUGGAGACUCUCAACCUGUCCAUCCUCAGAGCCAUGGACUUCACCAAGAAGGUGUAUGAACGAGGGACCAAUGUGGAGCAAUUUGUUACCCGCUUCCUGUUGAAGGAAUCAGCCAAUCAGAUCCAUUCUCUGCUGAACUCGGUGGAGAGUGCUGUGGACGCUAUUGACGAGCAGCACUGUAGUCAGUCAGGGUACCCUACUAAGGUCAGUCAACAGGUUCCAGAGAAAUGUUAUGAGAACCCAGUGCCUGACUACCCUCCUAACAACAGAGUCAGUGCUGCCAAGGAUGCUGCCCCAAGGAACAUCAACACUGCUACAGGGAUGGUGGAGGUAAGGAAAGAGACGCUGGAGGCACAGAUCAACCGACUAGCUGAGCUAAUUGGACGCCUUGAGAACAAGACAGUUUGGUUUGACCUGAAUCAGAGGCUAACAGACACUGAUGGCACAGCCAGCGCAUCCCUGUACCUGAUUCGUCAGGAGAUGACGGUAUCCCAGAAGCAGCUGGGAGAAUUCUGUGAGGCCCUGAAGCAGUACCUGAAGAAUGUCUCUGCUGAAAGAGACUGCUUCCAUGUGACUGCAGUGCGGCUGCCAGAUGGGCUCUCCUUCGUGGUGUAUGAGUUCUGGGAUGGAGAGGAGGAGUGGAAAAGGCACCUCCAGGCUGCAUCCUUCAAGGCCUUUCAACAUGUUAAAGUUGACACUCUGUGCCAGCCUGAGGCUGUGUCCACUGUUGCUGUGCCAGCCGCCUGGUGCAACCUGAGCAGAGACUGAUGGGGGUGUGGACGCAUCGCCUAAGUCCACAACACCCCCAUCCUUAGCUCCCACAUACCCCCUUUACCUCACUCUCACCCCCACAAUCCCUCUUUCUCUCUUUUGUAAGUACAUGUUUACACAGUGUCUGUUUGAUAUUGAGACAAAAUGGAAGGCAUCAAGUGCAGUGAAUAUUAAACAGUGCAUUAAAGCGAGAUUACCGCCAUCCAAUGCAUUUGUUCAUUGUAUCGUUCACCCUCAAGUCAUUGUAGAAAUGAGGUGAACAGUUAACCUGCUUUUGAGGCUCUAGUGCAUGUCAUCAAUUUUGACUAAAAGACAUGAACCUGCUGCUGCUGCUAAUGACAGAGUAAUAGAGCCCUCAACAUUCAUCUCUAUCAAGCUGUGAAGGUUUGUUUUUCCCCGUUGUGUUAAGAGUACUUGUAUGAAUCAGCAAUGGAUAUAUUAGCUGUUAAAGUCUAGUAAAAUUAUAUGAAAACAUGUUCUAUUAUAAUUAUAUUUGUAUUGACGUCUUUAGUGGUAAAGUGCAAAAUUCUUCAGAAGAAGCGGUUACAACAAAAGCAGCAGACAGUUUCCCUUUUGAACAACUCAUCUCAAGCCUUAAACAUCAGCAUGGGGUUGAGGUUGUAGGAUUUCCAAUAAUGGAGUUGCUGCAGAUCCAACUUCACAGGAUCUUUUUUCUCUCAGGACCUUUAGUUCUGAAGCUUCUGGCCAUGUUUCUUUACCUCUAGUUCACACACUGAUUUUUUGUGGUCUCCUUACCUUCACAUUUCUCACUGAUGAUAAUUUGUCAAGUCCAUGCAGCAUCUGCAUACCAACCAUUUGAUCGCAAUCAGUUUCAUGGGGAUGUGCAUUUAGAUCUUGAGUUAUAGUGUUGUUUUGAACGAUGUACAGUGAGCAAAUUUUAGAGCAGAUGGUGUUACCUGUACCAUAGCCUACAGAGACUGUGCAUAAAGUAGAGAAUAAACACAUGAGUAGGACAUGAUCCACACAUGCACGGAAUCUUUAGGACCUUUAGUCGAGGGAAUAAAGAUCUGGGAAAAGUCAGAUCCGCAGCCACGGCCUUCCCAUAAACGCAGAGUAAUUGGAUUUUAAACCUCUAACGCACAGCCAUAUAUUACAAUCACAAUGUUCAUUGCAAUUGAGCAAAAAGGAGAUGUUUCACAUAUCAAGCAAAUGAUAGUAACAGAAAAUAUAUCAGAAAGAAUGUUCACCCACCAACCCAGUUGAAGAACCUCUUGUGCACAUCUAGGAGCAUGACCAGUUUGUCCAACUCCAUCAACCUAAAAUCAACAUGAUCCAACAGACCCAGUCGAAAAGCACAAUGUAAAUUAAUGAGAUAUAGCGAUUACAUAUAUUUAAAGUAUGAGUGUAUUACAAAUUAUCUCAAUAAAAGUGUUUUAUCUAUAAACAAUAAUGUAUGAAUCACUCAUCUUGAUCUACCUUUAGAGGGUGGAAUCUUUCACCCACUUCUCCAUUUAAUUUCUUAGUUUGUCCUGUAAGCACAUGCUGGUGGCAAGCUUGUCCUUAACCAAUUGGGGGAUAUCAAACCCUCACUCCCCAGGAUAAGAUUAUCAUCUCAGAUAAUUACAUGUAAGUAAUAACAAAGACUGUCCUUGUUCACUGUAAAAAUACAACUUUAUUUACUUGGCUUUGAUCAUAACUAGGACCACCACUGAAAUGAAAAUCGCACAUGUUCAGUUCCAUCUCUGGUGCUAAGCCACAUUGCACUUUUCUUUGAGAGAAACCUGGACUUCUCCGUGUUAAUACACCCGUGAUAUUAAUAAAUAGCACGCCUUGGGCUUCAUAUUAGCCUCAGCAUCAGUAUUACAGAACAAGAGCAUGGCUCCCUUGUUGACAUAGACUUAUGUGGGGAAAUUCUACUGGAAAGGUGUUCUAUCCAUAGCUUCCGUUGGGUUCUGUAUGAACAGGUCAGAGCCAGUCAGAAAAUGCCAAUUCUAUUUCUGUAACAUUCCUGGCUGUUCCCUAAACUGUGCAACCAAAUGUUUUCUCCCCAUCUCUUGAGUGCAUGUUAAAAUGAAUGUCCAGUAACUUAUUUAAUGUAGUAUUUAGCCAUGCUACUUUCACUGGGUUUUGUGGAUUUCUUAUUUGUCUUUUAUAGUAUUCCUAUAAAAAGGACAGACAAAACAAAUAUAUAUAUAUAUAUAUAUGAAUAGAAAAUGGCAUACAAAAUGAACAUUCACUUUUAUGGCAGUGUUUAGAGAAAUGCUAAUUCUUAUACUUAUGUAUGUUUCAGUAAAAUGGCUUUCUGAGUGUAGAGACUUAUUGCAGGGAUGCAAGUACCAUAUUUAGUCUUAAAACUGUUGAAAUUCUAGAUCAUGUAGAAUGAUAAAACUCAAUAAAAUGGAAAUAAACCAUGAAACCUUUGCUU